CAAGACCCUAGAAGACUAACUAAAGACCCUAGACUUUGUGCCAGAAAUGACAACCAAUAUAACCUAUAAAAACUAAUUGUUUUAAGUUUAAAGAAAAUUUAAUUAUUAAUAAAUAGAAUAUUAUGGCAGGUCACAUUAAAACACCGAAAUUUCCAACAAAAACGCCAAAAACUCCCCGUAAGCAAUGGCAAAUACCGGACACUUCUCUAUACAAAUUGAGGUACCAGUUAGCUGAAAAUGGAUGCAAGGAUUCACAGCUUGAAAUUGCCAAACGAUUGUUGGGAGAUGAAUGUGACAUAAAAGCAAUACGUGAGGCAAAUUAUAGACAAGCCAUACAUUGGUUAUUGCGUUCAGCAGAACAAGGUAAUGAAGAAGCUUUAGCUUUGUUAGAAACAUGCCAUCGCAAAGGCUUUGGUGUAACAGAAGAUAACAUAAAUGAUAUUAAAACCUGUCUCAAUAUGACACAUAAAGAAAAAUUGGCCCGUAAAACAGCAAGAGAAAUAUUCUCAAGUUUAUGCAAAGAAAGUGACCAUGUACAAUUAUGUGACUUAAAUAAACAUAUGAUCAAAACCCAUUAUUUGAAAUCAAGAAUUAAGGAUGAAAACACUCAUGAAUGUAUUGACUAUCAAAAAGUGCCAGAUAUGUUAUUGAAAGAAUCAAAUUUACUCUCAGCUGCUCUUGCUUUUGCAGAUGGAAAUAUACCAUCUAUAACAAAAUCUCUUCAGUUAAACACAUGCCUGUGUAUUUCGAAGACGCAUUGUAAUAUUUUAUCACACGUUUCAGUAAACACGAUUAAUGAAACUAUUUUGUUCAUUGCAAAUGGGUCUUUAUCAAUAAUACCUUUAGCAAUAUAUUAUAUAAGUUUUAUUAUUAUGACAGUAACUUCCUUCCAUAUAUUUGAAAUUCAUAAAGAGUAUAAACAUUAUACUAUUUGGGCAGAUUUAUUUCAUUAUCAUAGUGAUGGUCUUUUAGAUUCUGAAAAAAACCAGCAUGACUUUCUUGCAAAGAAUACUGCUCACCAAAAAAUGUUUUUUGCUGCAUUCAUAAUUCAUUUAGCAUUAAAUCCAUUUAUCUUUAAAUUUUGGAUUCCUCUUGCUGAAAUUGCAAUUCUUUCAUUGUAUUUGUCCAUUACUACUUUUGUAAAUCAUGUUUCAACCAUUUCUCACAAUAGUUAUACAAGUAGUUUAAUGAUAUCCUCUUGUAUACUUAAUGUGUUUGCUAGAUAUCCCUAUAUAAAUGAUUCAUUUAUGAAUAAAGGUUGGACAAAGUAUAAACUAGAUAUUAAUAAUUCCGCAAAUACCAUUUUAGGAAGCAAAUUAGAAUUCAAUCUAAAUUGCAAAGCAAUUUUAUAUGCUAUAAUUCCUGGUAUUCUAGUUAUUUUAUCAAAAAUUAAAAAUUGGCAUGGGCUUUAUUUUUAUCUUUUACCACAUUGUAUAACGCUGAGUUGGUUACAAUUAUUUAUAUUAGAUGCAGAAUUCAUUACAUUAAAUGGCAUAUUACGGACAGCGAUAAUUUUUAUGACUAUAACAUAUUUUUGGCGUGUUUGUCAAUUACUUGGAAUAAUCUUACCUUUGUUAGCUAUAGACAACUUUUUAAAUAUCCAAGAUAUUACACUUAAAAUGUCUCUUGCUGUGGGAAUAAUAACUGGGAUAGUGCUUAUUAAAACAAAAUUUGCUACAACAAAAAAAAUAUCACAUAAUUUUACAUUUAAAGUGCAGGCGAUACUUGUUAUUGUUUCUAUAUUGUAUUUAUCUUCGAAGUUUUACAAUAUAUCCAUGCAUGUGAAUGGGAAAGAUUUGUAUAACAAUAAUGUAAAAUUUGAGCAAUAUUUAACAUGGGAAGAGUAUCAACACAUGUGUUUGAAUGCACAUGAAAAGAAUACCAACCACAUUGCUAAUCAAGUUGAUUGCUUGCAUUUGAAUGGUUUACAUAUCAAAUGGGAUGGCCAUGUCACAAAAAUCCGGCUAAGUAGAAUUGAAAACAUUUGGUCCCAAUUAUUAAAUAUGUUUCCCGAAUCAGUGAGUGAAUAUUUAAAAUGUUUUUUGGGACAAAAAUUAAAAUUUACUUGCACAGAUAAAGAUUGCAUAAUGAUCAACAAUAAAGUAAUAGAAUACAGAAAAUGUGAUAUAAGUCAAUGGAAUAGGUACGAGCAUGAAAUUACUAUAAGUCUUCAAUCUGGAAUAUUAACUGCCGGACCACAAAUCAUUUUAAGAGCAGGGCACGAUUUCUCAAAUUUAACUCAAAUUUUACAAAUAAAUGAUAAAAUCAAUUUCAAAGGAACUAUGCAAAUUAACCCAUUUACAAAUUUGCCAAAUGAAUAUUUAGUUAUUAAUUUAGAAGAAAUAUCAUGUUUAACGUGCUAUGGGGUUAAAGGAGAAUUAACUACAACUAAAUCAAUUAAUUUUUCAAAUAGUUAUAUAAAAUAUCUUGUAAUUUCAGCUAGAAAUAUUUUAAAUUUUAUUUUAAACCCUAUUAUAGUUUUUCAAUAA